AUGCCGGUGUGGCAGGAGGCGGUGGAUGGCGCGAGAAAUGACUGCCGGGCUCCCGUCGAGAGCUUGCUAUUGCGCUAUAAUGCGACUGUUGAGCAUGGCUCGUCGGUGGAGAGGAUGGCGGACAGUGUCGAGGCGGAAGAGACGAGCUGUGGGCUUCGUGGUGUCUACCAUAUGCCGAAUGUCGAGGGCUAUACGCAGACUGUGACGGAUCCAUGGAGAGAUAUAUGGGUUUUCCCUGGAGCUAUCCAUGCAGUAAAUUUAUCCCAGACGUGUCGCCAAUGCUGCUCCAGAGUGUUUGACUGGGUUGUAGAGAUGGGAGUGGGAGAUAUGUGGAAGUAG